AUGCAUAAAGCUAGGAAGACUAAUUGGAGUGAAUCUCCUCUCAGAACUCCUAUAGAUGUUGAUGAUUACUAUGUGGAUGAUGUUACAGAAAAAGAGAAGGAGGAUGUAUCAGAAUCUAAUGAUGUGUGGGAUUCUGAUUCCAGUGCUCUUAGAGUUGCUUAUCAAGCUUCUAUCAAGGGUUCUAGUUCCUAUGUUACGGAAGAAGUACCUAAAGAUGCGGUUAUGAUUUCUAGCCCUAAUUUCGAUUUGAAUCAAGUGAAGAGGCAUAUGAUUAAUGUUAGUCCUUCUAUUGUUGUUAGUAUUGACUAUUCUCUCGAGAAGGAUAUGAAUGGUGAUCAGGAUGAUUUUGUUGGUAAUUCUGGAAAGAGUAAGGUGUUGAACCAGGAGGAUAAAUGGAUGAAUGAUCUUGAGAAUGAGUUUAUACCUGGUAUUGGGUUUAAAUUUCUAUGCGAUGUGACUAUGGAAAGGGGGAAUUCAGUUGAGAAUAAUGGUGAAUUUGAUUAUCUGAAUAAGUCUUGUAAAUGGCAUGACAAUGGUAAUGUGGCAGUUGAAUCAGAUGUUGAAUUGAGUAAAGAAGAAGGGGAGAUCAAGAAUAAUGGUCCACAUGCUAAAUGUUCUGAUAAGAAUUUGACAUUGAAGAAGACUGCCACAAAUAUCAACAGCAUUAACCUGGAGCCAUCUAUUCUAGGUGAUGCUAGUAAAAGAAGACAAGAUAUUGAUGCUUCUAAUUAUAAAGGAGAGAAAAUAUUUAUUGAUGCUAAGGAUAAAGAUGAUUCUGUUCAGAAGAUGUCAUAUGCUGGAGUUCUCAAUGGUACAACUCAUAAGGGGAAGUUGUAA